AUGUGGGUGUGUGUGUGGGUGUGUAUGCGUGUGCGAAAUGUAAGCUCGCCGCGUAAGCUGCGCGACAAAAUAAAGAGUUCAUGGCUGCCGGCGGCGCACGACGCGCAGAGGAGAGAAAACAGCUGCGUUUUGGUGGCUUCAACCGGUCCACACACGUGGCCGUCGGGCGCGGCCGGCCGGCGCCAGUCCCCGGUGAACGUCCGGUCGGAGUGCGUGCAGCAGGUGGACGGCUGCCCGCCCCUGCUCUGGCCGGGAUACGACGUCCUGCCCUGCAAGCUCAGCCUCAGUAACGACGGAACAGCAGCUGUGCUGCGCGGUUGCUGGGGCGGCAGGAGCAGCGCACCGGCCCUCAGCGGCGGUCCUCUGGGCGAGGGCUGCUGGCACUUCGCGUGGGCCGAGUUCCACUGGGGGCCCAGCGACGACGAAGGCUCGGAGCACACCCUCGACUACUGCCGGUACGCCCUCGAGCUGCAGGUCGUGCACGGGCCCUGCGAAGGUGCGCAGUACGAGUACGUCUGCGUCGCCGUACUCUUCGAGGCGGUCAUGGAGGACAACCCGUACCUGGACCCGGUAGUGCAGGCGCUGCACCAGGUGAGGCGGCCCGGCUGCUGCACGCAGCUGCUGCCCUUCCCGCUGGACUGGCUGUCCCCGCCGAUGGAGCAGUCUUACCUCUCCUACGGCGGCUCGCUCACCAGGCCGCCCUGCAGUGAGGGCGUCCUCUGGAUCCUCCGCCCGCACCCGCUCACCAUCUCCAGUCGACAGGUACCUACCUUUAAAAAUUGUGUUUACACGGGACGAGUCUCUCAUCGUGAAGCACUCCAGGUCUUGUCUCCAAUGGGGCUGGUGCAGAAAGGACCUGGGACACGACACGCAAAGUGCUGCUCAGCGUAA